CAAAAACAAUCCAUUUUUUCCGGAAAACAAUCCAUCUUUAUUGGAAGGGUAAGUAAAGUUAUGAAGUUGGAUGUUCAGAGGUACAAAAUGCUCAAACAAAGUUCCAACUUCCAAGUAAAGAAAAAAAGAAUUACUUGAUUGAUACGUGUCAUCAGAUAGAUCUGAAGGGGAGAUCUCUGGAGUAUACAAGUUCUCAAGUAUUACUCUUCAUAAAUAUGAUGAUAAAGAUUAUGACAACCACCCGGAUAAUAACUUCAACAGUCCUAUUCUUCUUCAUUCUCUUUGUGGGUUCGUCCAUUUAUUAUCUCCAAAUCGACAUAUCUAUACUCACAAGUAAUUUCAGCACUAAGGAAGGAGGAGUAACCUCAAAAAACACACGGAGAAUAGAAACCCCCCCAGUAAACUGCACUUUUGGAGACCUGACUCUAACCUGUCCUUUAAGUAAUUCAGAGACACAAAUCUCGUCAACUAAUAACUCAUCAACCGAAGUAUGCCCUGAAUAUUUUCGAUGGAUACAUGAAGAUCUAUCGCCGUGGAGAAAGACUGGGAUCUCGAACGACAUGAUAAUGCGUGCAAGGAGAACAGCACACUUCAGAUUAACAAUUGUUGAUGGUAAAGCGUAUCUGGAGACUUAUGGGAAGGCUUAUCAAUCAAGAGAUACAUUGAACCUCUGGGGAAUAUUACAACUUAUGAGUAGGUACCCUGGUAGGUUGCCGGAUUUGGAUUUGUUGUUCGACUGCAAUGACCCUCCAGUCAUCAAAUCUAGCUUAUAUAUGCAACCCAAAACCACUGUUCCGCCGCCAGUACUCUUUGGUUAUUGCUCAGACGACUCGCAUUUGGAUAUCGUCUUCCCGGACUGGUCUUUCUGGGGUUGGCCUGAGAUCAAUAUAAAACCGUGGGAUACACUAUUAGAAGAGAUGAAAGAGGAAAACAGGAAGACAAAAUGGACUGAAAGGGAACCUUAUGCCUAUUGGAAAGGAAACCCUGAUGUAGGUAAAACAAGAAAGGACCUCCUCAAAUGCAAUGUCUCAGAUGAUCAAGAUUGGGGUGCUCGACUUUAUGAACAGGAUUGGGGCCGUGAGUCUCAAAAUGGAUUCCAGCAGUCCAAUUUAGCGAAUCAGUGCACUCACAGAUACAAGGUAUAUAUUGAAGGAUGGGCUUGGUCUGUCAGCCAAAAGUACAUUUUAGCUUGUGAUUCUCUUACAUUGCUUGUUAAGCCCCGGUUCUAUGAUUUCUUCACGAGAGGGUUGAAGCCUUUGAAACACUAUUGGCCUAUUAAGAACAAUGACAAAUGCAGAUCGAUCAAGUUCGCUGUUGAUUGGGGAAACACACACGAACAGAAGGUUCAGGACAUUGGGAAGGCUUCCAGUGACUUCAUCCAGGAAUAUCUAAAGAUGGAAUAUAUUUAUGAUUAUAUGUUUCAUCUCUUAAACGAAUAUGCUAAGUUAUUGACAUAUAAACCAACAAUACCUCCAAAUGCCGUAGAGUUUUGUUCCGCGACCAUGGCUUGUCCACAUGCAGAUGGAGUUGAGAAAAGCUACAUGAUGGAAACCAUCGUAAGGAAACCUAGUGAUAGUGGGCCAUGCACCAUGCCUCCUCCAUUUGAUCCUCCAUCUUUUCACUCUCUACUUAAAGAAAAGGAACAAUCUAUUAAAACUGUGGAGACAUGGGAGAAUGAAUUUUGGAGUAACCAACCUAGGUAAAUUUUUGAAGUUUUUAUAAUUUUGUUAAUUUUAGGUUCAAAAGAAGUUCUUUUUUAUUUUCACUGAAACAAUAUCAGAUGAAAUUCUGUAAUUUUUUGAUGGGAAUAUAGUGUAAUUAAGAUGA